AUGACUAUGACUGCGCUGCCGGCGGCGGAAAUGCAUUUCUGGAAUUCGCAGCAGAUGUGGACUUCGGUUCCUUCACUAUGCCGAAAAACUUCCGCAGAUCAAAAAAAGAGCAGGACGAUGGCGAAACGAAGCGUCUUCAUGGACUGCCCUACCAAAGUUCAGGAGCGAGCCAUAUCAGUGAAGUCCUCUACAGUGUCUGACGCCUUUGAUUACAUGGAGGACUGGAUGACUGUCACAAUGCAAGAGUUGGACUACCGUAACCGCUACUACGACGAGAUACCAACCGGGAUGUUGGUGAGUGAGGAAGGAAAACUGUGUGACGACUUCGCCCAGCAGCCAGAGAAGAUCAAAAACAAGCUUUGGGCAUCCUUCGAGUCCAACGAUUAUGAUGCGGAUUACGAGGUGAGGCUUCAGACAGCCCACGCGGAAGAGCGAGGCGGUCACGUUUGGGUUGACGAGAACCCACAAGAGGAAUUGGAGAGACUGAAGGAUAAAGCCAGGCAUGCUACAAGCAACAGCAUGAGAAAAAAGGCAAGAGCCGACAUUGACCGACUGAAGGCAAAAUGGGUGGGAGACCACCCUUGGACCUCGUUCCACAGGCGUGACGUCUUGACGAUGUACAUUGCAAAAGCUGGUGCCAAGAAAGCAUUUGCCAGAGUUAUAGCAUCCAAGGAGCUUUCCUGUGGAUGCUGUGUCAUCAAUCCUUUCACGGGUAUGCUAGAGAUGUGA